GGUUCACAGUUAAGAUGGAUGUUCACGGUGCCGGAGUGGUGGCCGUUCUAGGCACAGUUGGAGCCGCUACCGGAGCAAUCUCGGCGAUGAUUGUUUAUACUAUUUGUGCACGUCGUCGACGACUUACUUCGGUCGGAGGACCACUUAACUGGUUCGAAAAAGAUUUGUUGGACAGAGCUGAAGAGGCAGCUAGAUCAUCGAAGGAUGUUUUGGUUGGUGUUGCUCUUUCGCGGGAUAAUAAAAUUACCAGACUUAAUGAUAGUCACUCGGAUGAUGAUGAAUGGCAAUCUGAUCAUGUAUUUGAUAGCAUUGCCAGUGAUUCUCCCAGAAGAGUUAUACAGCAUCUCUCGGAAUCGGAUGAUAUUCCUCCAUCUCCAAUGAGUCCGCUUGCGCCGCCAAUUCCGGAAGGUACAGUGAUCGCGUCUGAAAAGCGUAUGAUAAUCGUCAGACCAUUGACGCGAAGUAUAAACGGGUCCUAUUCCAGAUUAAAUAGUACUGAGAUUGAAUCGGCUCCACGACAAAAGCUUUCGUCCUCUUCUUCGACUUCUUUGUCCGACGAAAUUAGAGGUGAAUUAAAAUUAGGAUUGAUAUAUGACACCAAUGCUGGAAUACUUACUGUGAGACUUAUCGAGGCACACGAUCUUCGUGCUCGGGAAUUAAGUGGUAUUGCGGAUCCUUAUGCCAAAAUACGUUUAUUACCUGAUCGUAAUAACGUAUGGCAAACUACAAUACACAGACGUACUUUAAAUCCCGUAUUCGAUGAAGACUUUGUUUUUGAAGUAACGCCUGCAUCAUCACUGGCUGAAAGAACAUUAGAAAUCCUGCUCUAUGACUUUGACGCAUUUACAAGACAUCGUGGUCUGGGUUACGUACAACUUCCUCUUUCUUCCAUACCGGAUCUCGAUAUAAAUUUGAUUACUAUUGUGAAACCAAUUCUACGAUAUGGGGCAGAAGGUGGAUUUAAAGCACCGCCGGGUGAACUUAUGGUCUCCAUUUCAUAUCAAUUAUCUAUAGAAAAACUGACAGUCAUUAUUGUCAGAGCAAGAAAUUUACCCAUUCUCGACGAUCCCGCAAAUGCUAAUCCGUAUGUAAAGGUGUCACUUAUUCAAGACGGUAAAAGUCUUAAAAAGAAGAAAUCGAGUAUACAACGUGAAGCUACUAGUCCCGUAUGGAAUGAUAUUCUUAGCUUUGAUGUUAGUAGCGAUAUUUUACCCAAGUGUGUCUUACAA